GUAUUGUGAUAUGAAUAAUAAAGAGUAUAAUGAUGAGAAUAAUGAAAGAUAUUGUGAUAAGAAUAAUGAAGAGUAUAAUGAGAAUAAUGAAGAGUAUUAUGAUGAGAAUAAUGAAGGGUAUUAUAAUGAUAUGGAGUUAGAACAUGUAGACACUAACUUGGAGUUGGUGAAAUUAGAGCAUAUAAAUGCCGAUUUGGAGAUAGUAAAAUCAAAGCAUUUAGAGAUAGAAUCUAGUAAUUAUAUAGCUAGUACAGAUGAUUCAAAUGUUAGUGAGAUUUCACAGUCAUUUACAAAUUAG